AGAAUGAAAUAAAACAAAAGAUAAUUAAUUAGUUAGGAACCGGGUCAUAUAUAUUAGAAGGUCAUCUGAUGAUCAUGUUCAACGUGGCUUGUUGAGGAUAUACAUGCAUGGAUUGUGAUGAAGCUCUCGAACUGUCUGUUUGUUUAUUUUAAGUAAAUCUUUCCUUAUUUAUGUGUCUGUCGGUUAUCUUACUAUAAAUAUGUAUGAAUACACCUUUCAAAUUUAACUCCAUUCCAUUUCCAAUUAAUUAAUAUCAUUUCUAAUAGAAAAAAAAAAAAAAUGAUCCAUAAAGGUGUUGUUUUUGGGGCGGUUCUUCUUUUCAUAUUUUCAGCAAUAGCUUGGGCAGAUUCAAACCCUCUUAAAGGGGAAGAAAUGGAAAAGAAGCUAGACAAAGUUUUACCAACUGAUCAUGCCACAACACAUGGAUUAAGAGGCAGGUUUCGUGGCAGAUUUGGAGGCGGCGGAAGAGGCAGGGGUGGUGGUGGCGGCGGCUGGGGAGGUGGCCAAAUAGGAGGUAAAGCUAGCAACUUUUUAUAAUAAAAUAAGGGAAUG